AUAAAUCCCUCCAGUUAUUCUAAAAUUUAUUAAAAAUAAAUUCACUCUUCAUUUCUCAUUUCAAUAACAUUGUAUUGAAAAUGAUUACGUUUGCAGCGCCCUCACGCAUAAACAGUACAAACGCGUGUAUCAAGUCAGUUUGCAAAAACUUGUUAUUUUGUAGUAAUGUUUGUGAUACGUAAUUAGUCUUAAUAAUCCCGAUUAUAAAAAGAGCAGUUAAAUAGUUACAAUUAUAUUAAAGUAAAUAAAAUGAUCAACAUGAAUAGAAGUUCUCCAAACAUUUUAAUAACAGGUACACCUGGAGUAGGAAAAAGUUUAAUGUCGCGUAUUUUAUCUGAGAAGACACAAUUAACCUGGAUUGAUGUUAGUAAAUUUGCUAUUGAAAAAGAAUGUUUAGAAGAAUACGAUGAAAUAUAUCAGUGUCCUAUUUUAGAUGAAGAUAAGGUAAUUUUGCUGGAUCAAAUGGAAGGUCUUAUGAGUGAAGGUGGGAAGAUUGUUGAUUAUCAUGGAGCUGACUUCUUUCCAGAAAGAUGGUUUGAUAUUGUAUUUGUAUUAAGGACUGACAAUACAAUAUUAUAUGAUCGGUUGAGGGAUCGAGGUUAUACAGGGAAGAAACUAGAAGAUAACAUAGACUGUGAAAUAUUUCAAAUUAUUCUUGAAGAAGCUAAAUCAGCAUACAGGGAAGAAAUAGUCCACGAAUUAACAAAAAACUUACUUGAACAGCAACACAGUGAUAUUAUUCAUAAAAGAUGCAAUUAAAUGUCAUAAUUAAGAUGUUAAUUAAUAAGAAGUUUAAAAUUAGUAUGUGAUUUAAACACAUAAGUUUUUAGGUAAU